UAGAAGCCAGGCCUAUCAAAUGACAGCUUCUUCCUACACAAAGUAAGCAGCUUUGGAAACAAGAGCAGCAGAGGUACUGCAUCCUGGGGACAUGUACAGCAGCACCUCUGGCUUCUCCUCUUCAGCCCAACAUCUUGGUUCUUUGCGCCUGCGAAUCAGGCAAUGGGCUGGAGUGCGUGGGCAACAGAGAGGCCGAAAAGGUGACUCGGCUGUUCCAAGAGCGAGCUGCCAGCCAGAUUCUUCCUCACUCUCGUUCGUCUUUUAGUUUUGAGACUCGGAGAACGCCGUGCCGAAUCACCACCACCCCCUUCUCCGCUGCACCAAAAUCUGCAAAAAUUCUCUGCUGCAAGGAAACCAGAGUGAUGUCAUCAGAGGAUGAUACUGGUGGGGAAGCAUCCAGUGGUAGUUUCUGGGAGCCUGGCAACUACAAGCGGACAGUGAAACGAGUGGAUGAUGGAAAUCGACUGUGCAACGACCUCAUCUCCUGCUUCCAGGAGAGAGCCAAAAUUGAGAAGAGCUAUGCUCAGCAGUUAACAGACUGGGCCCGCAAAUGGAGGAGUGCUGUGGAGAAGGGUCCUCAGUAUGGCACACUGGAAAAAGCCUGGCAUGCGUUCCUAACUGCUGCAGAUAAGCUCAGUGAGAUCCAUCUAGAAGUACGGAACCACCUGGCUGGUGAAGACACAGACAAGAUAAAGGCAUGGCAGAAGGAAGCCUACCAUAAGCAGAUGAUUGGUGGCUUCAAGGAGACAAAGGAAGCAGAGGAUGGAUUCCGCAAGGCACAGAAACCCUGGAUGAAAAAGUUGAAGGAUGUGGAAACUUCAAAAAAGAAUUACCAUGCUUCUCGAAAAGAAGAGAAGACUGCACAGACACGAGAAAAUCAUGCCAAAGCAGAUUCUUCCAUCUCACAGGAACAGAUGCGUAAACUGCAGGAGCGUGUGGAAAAAUGUGCGCAAGAAGCAGAGAAGUGCAAAGAUCAGUAUGAAAAGAUGCUGGAGGAGUUGAACCGAUACAAUCCUCGCUACAUGGAAGACAUGGAGCAAGUUUUUGAAAGCUGCCAGGAGGCAGAGUGUAAACGCUUGUGUUUCUUCAAGGAGAUGUUUUUGGAUCUGCACAACCAUCUCAACCUGUCUACCAAUGAGAGCUUCCAUGCACUUUACCGGGAUCUGUAUCAGGGAAUAAUGGCUGCAAAUGACCAUGAGGAUCUGAAGUGGUGGCGCAAUACUCAUGGGCCAGGCAUGGCUAUGAACUGGCCUCAACUUGAGGAAUGGUCCCUGGAGACACAGCGACCAAUCAGCAGGAAGGAGAAAAGUGGUAAAAGUAAUGAAGAUGUGACUUUGACCAGUAUUGUGCCAGCAGGGGAUGGAGUCAAACAGACCCCUCCACAGAUCAAGCAAAGGUUUUCCCUCCAAGAGGAGCAAAACAGCCACUUCUAUGAUACCCUGAGGGCCUCAGCAUGUAUGAAUGGAGGGAAAGAAGAGAUCUCUGAGUGGUCAGAUGAGGACACUCCAAAGAAGUGCCUGGAGGUCAAUGGGCAUGAGGAGGAAAUAAAGGUACCAGGCGUGCGAGUGCGAGCACUAUAUGAUUACGCAGGACAGGAGGCUGAUGAGCUGAGCUUUAAAGCAGGUGAAGAACUAAUGAAAAUCAGUGAAGAGGAUGAACAGGGUUGGUGCAAAGGCCGGCUUCAGACUGGUCAAGUUGGACUGUAUCCUGCUAAUUAUGUUGAGAAGGUCCUUUUGUGAUUGCUUACUCCCACCCCUUCUUUUAAGGCAUGCGCUUUGUGUGCAAUUCCGCCAGAGGUCACUAAAUCAUUGGCCUCCAGCUUCCAUUGAAAACCAUGUGCAGCAGCCUGGACCACUUGAGGGUCUUCUUCUCUUGUAACCAAUGCUUCAUUUUAAACUUCUAGAAAUAUGGUGAUUUUUCUAAUAAAGAUGUAUACAAUUUUCUGAA